CCCGCUGCGCGGGCUUUUUGGACGUUUGCUGCCGCGGAGAAGCCGAGUUCCAUGAUAGAGCAACAAUGGACCAGAAAAUAUUAUCUCUAGCAGCAGAAAAAACAGCAGACAAACUGCAGGAAUUUCUUCAAUCCUUGAAAGACUGUGAUGUAGCUAAUCUCCUUCAGAAUCAGGCAGUGAAAGGAAAAUCUCCUGGAGCUCUCCUGCGAGCCAUCUUCAAAGGUUCCCCCUGCUCUGAGGAAGCUGGAGCUCUUAGGAGACUUAAGGUAUACAUUCGCUGUCUCCAGUUGGUGGAGUCAGGGGAUUUGCAGAAAGAAGUAGCAUCUGAGAUUUUAGGAUUACUAAUGCUGGAGGCUCACUAUUUUCCAGGACCCUUACUGGUUGAAUUAGCCAAUGAGUUUGUUAGUGCAAUCAAGGAGGGAAGACUAAAGAAUGGAAAAUCUUUGGAGUUAUUACCCAUUAUCCUCACUGCCCUUGCUGCCAAAAAGGAAAAUGUGGCUUAUGGAAAAGGUGAACUAUGUGGGGAAGAAUGUAAGAAGCAGCUGAUUAAUACCCUGUGUUCUGGCAGAUGGGAUCGGCAGUAUGUAAUCCAACUCACUUCUAUGUUCAAGGAUGUCCCUUUGACUGCAGAAGAAGUGGAAUUUGUGACCGAAAAAGUCUUGAGGAUGUUCUCCAAGUUGAAUCUUCAAGAAAUACCACCUUUGGUCUAUCAGCUUCUGGUUUUCUCUUCAAAGGGAAACAGAAAGAAGGCUUUGGAAGGAAUCAUAACUUUCUUCAAUGAGCUAGAUAAGCAGCACAAUGAGGACCAGAGUGGUGAUGAGUUGUUGGAUCUUGUUACCGUACCAGCAGGUGAACUUCGUCAUGUGGAAGGCACCGUUAUUCUACAUAUUGUGUUUGCCAUCAAAUUGGACUGUGAACUAGGCAGAGAGCUCCUGAAACACUUAAAGGCAGGACAGCAAGGAGAUUUCGGUAAUAAUAUAUGUCCCUUCAGCAUUGCCCUCCUGCUCUCUAUAACCAGAAUACAAAGAUUUGAGGAACAGGUGUUUGACCUUUUAAAAGCUUCAGUUGUUAAAAGCUUUAAGGAUCUUCAGCUUCUCCAAGGCUCAAAAUUUCUUCAGAAUCUAGUCCCUCAUCGGUCUUGUAUUUCAACCAUGAUCUUGGAAGUGGUGAAGAAUAGUGUUCAUAGUUGGGAUCAUGUAACUCAGGGCCUGGUAGAACUUGGCUUCAUUUUAAUGGAUUCAUAUGGGCCAAAGAAAAUUCUUGAUGGAAAAGCUAUUGAAACCAGCUCAUGUCUUUCUAAAAAACCAACCCAGCUUUCAUGUAAGCUGGGAGCUGAUAUCCUGUUGGAAACUUUUAAGAUCCAUGAGAUGAUCAGACAAGAAAUCCUGGAGCAAGUCCUCAACAGGGUUGUGACCAGAGCAUCCUCUCCCAUAAGUCAUUUCUUAGAUCUGCUUUCAAAUAUCAUCACGUAUUCACCCUUAGUUCUUCAAAGUUGUUCUGCUAAAGUCACAGAAACUUUUGACUAUUUAUCCUUUCUGCCGCUUCCAACUGUACAAGGGCUGCUGAAGGCAGUCCAGCCCCUUCUCAAAGUCAGCAUGUCUGUGAGAGACUCCUUGAUACUCGUCCUUCGGAAAGCCAUGUUCGCCAGCCAGCUCGAGGCCCGGAAAUCCGCAGUUGCCGGGUUUUUGCUGCUCCUGAAGAACUUCAAGGUUUUGGGCAGCUUGUCCUCCUCCCAGUGCAGUCAGUCCAUUGGGGCCAGCCAGGUCCAUGUGGAUGUUCACAGCCGUUACAAUUCUGUUGCCAAUGAAACUUUUUGCCUUGAGAUCAUGGACAGUUUGAGGAGAUGCUUAGGCCAGCAGGCUGAUGUUCGACUCAUGCUUUAUGAGGGUUUCUAUGAUGUCCUUCGAAGGAACUCUCAGCUGGCUAAUUCAAUCAUGCAGACUCUACUUGUACAGUUAAAACAGUUCUAUGAGCCAAAACCUGAUGUGCUGCCGCCUCUGAAAUUAGAAGCUUGUAUUUUAAUCCAGGGAGAUCGAAUCUGUCUACAAGAACCACUGGAUUAUCUGCUGUGUUGUGUCCAGCACUGUCUGGCCUGGUGUAGGAAGAGAGUGGUGCCCCUACGGCGGGGGGAGGAGGAGGAGGAGGAGGAGGAGGAGGAGGAAGGGGUCUACCGAGAACUGGAGGACCUGCUGGAGUCCAUUACGACCAGAACGAUCAAGAGUGAGCUAGAGGACUUUGAACUGGAUAAAUCAGCAGAUUUUUCUCAGAACACUGGUGUUGGCAUCAAAAAUAAUAUCUGUGCUUCUCUUGUGAUGGGGGUUUGUGAGGUUCUCAUAGAAUAUAACUUCUCCAUAAGUAAUUUUAGUAAGAAUAAGCUUGCGGAGGUUCUGAGCUUAUUUAUGUGUUACAAGAAACUCUCUGACAUCCUUAACGAAAAGGCUGGCAAAGGCAAAACUAAAACGGCCAACAAAACAAAUGAUAGUUUUUUGUCCAUGAAAUUUGUGUCUGAUCUUCUCACUGCUCUUUUCAGGGACAGUGCCCAGAGUCACGAAGAGAGCCUGUCAGUUCUAAGGUCCAACAAUGAGUUUAUGCGCUACGCAGUGAGUGUGGCUCUGCAAAAGGUACAGCAGCUAAAGGAAACGGGGCAUGUGCGUGGCCCCGAUGGCCAAAACCCAGAGAAGAUCUUCCAGAACCUCUGCGAUAUAACUCGGGUCUUAAUUUGGAGAUACACUUCCAUUCCUACUUCCGUGGAAGAUUCGGGAAAGAAAGAGAAAGGAAAGAGCAUCUCCCUGCUGUGCUUGGAGGGCCUACAGAAGAUAUUCAGUGCUGUGCAGCAGUUCUUUGAGCCCAGGAUUCAGCACUUCCUCAGGGCUCUAGAUGCCACAGAUGACGACGGAGAGGAGGGGGGAGGCAGUGUCACUCACAGAGCAGCGUUCCAGAUCCGGCAGUUCCAGAGGUCCUUGUUGAAUUUACUGAGCGGCCAAGAGGAAGACUUUAAUGGCAGAGAAGCCCUCCUACUGGUCACUGUUCUCUCCAACUUGUCCAAGCUGCUGGAGCCGUCCUCCCCUCAGUUUGUGCAGAUGUUAUCCUGGACAUCCAAGAUUUGCAAGGAAAACAGCCAAGAGGAUGCCUCGUUUUGUAAGGGCUUGAUGAGUUUGCUCUUCAGCCUCCAUGUUUUGUAUAAGAGUCCGGUCACCCUGCUGCGUGACUUGUCCCAGGACAUCCACGGGCAUCUGGGAGACAUAGACCAGGAUGUAGAGAUGGAGAAAACAAACCACUUUGCGAUGGUGACUUUGAGAACAGCUGCCCCUACUGUUUGUUUACUUGUUCUGAGUCAGGCUGAGAAAGUCCUAGAAGAAGUGGACUGGCUGAUCACCAAGCUUAAGGGACAAGUGAGCCAAGAAAUGCUAUCAGAAGAGGCCUCUUCUCAGUCAGUCCUGCCCAGUCAUCCUGUCGAGAAAGCUGUCAUCAUACAGCUGGGAACUCUGCUUACGUUUUUCCAUGAGCUGGUGCAGACGGCCCUGCCAUCGGGCAGCUGUGUGGACAUCUUGUUAAAGGGCCUGUGCAAAAUGUACACCAUCCUCACUGCACUUGUCAGAUACUAUCUCCAGGUUUGUCAGAGCUCCGGAGGAAUUCCGAAAAAUAUGGAAAAGCUGGUGAAACUGUCUGGUUCUCAUUUGACCCCCCUGUGCUAUUCUUUCAUUUCUUACAUUCAGAACAAGAGGAGUCAGAGCCUAAAACACACAGGAGAGAAGAAAAAGGGGAAAGCCGCUGCUGUUGCUCCGGCCAUGGCCCGAGUUCUGCGGGAAACCAAGCCAAUCCCUAAUCUCAUCUUUGCCAUCGAACAGUAUGAAAAGUUCCUCAUCCACCUGUCGAAGAAGUCCAAGGUGAACCUGAUGCAGCACAUGAAGCUCAGCACCUCCCGGGACUUCAAGAUCAAAGGGAACAUCCUGGACAUGGUUUUUCGAGUGGAGGAGGAGGAGGGCGGCGACGAUGACGACGAAGACGACGACGACGACGAGGGCGCUGCAGCAGAGCGCGAGGGGCAGGACCGAGAACCCGCCACGAAGAGACGGAGAAGAGAAACGAAAUGCCUGAGUUAAUGUGAACUUCGGGGCUUCUGCUUUCUUGUUACCCAACACGCACGGCGCCCCGGUUCCGACUCCACUGCACCUUCAGGUGGGGGCCGGCCUGAGGCAGACCCGUUUGCAGAGAGCGCAGCUGAAGCAGCCUGAGUGUGGGAGCCCGCGGCACCCCGACGAAGCUCCACGGGAGCAAAUACGGGGCCUCUGGGCAGAGCUACGGGCCGGGCUUCAUUUUUCCAAGGAGCCUUUGGUGAGUUCAAGGAUCUGGUAGAUGUCCAGCGCUUCACCUGAAAGACAGUGCGAGCCGCUCAGGAGGUUUCCCCGGAAGCGAGCAGGGAGGCUGGAGGAGGGGCAGGGUCACCCGGGGGAGUGUCCCUAAGAAGUUAACUAUCUUUUUCCUUUAACUUGUUCCAAGUAUUCAAAGCACAGUUCCUUCCACCUGAGAAUGCACUUUAACCUUCUACAAUAAAUCUUAAAAAGCA